AUGUCACCGAGCACGAAAUCCUCGCGGGACAUCAAAAUCAAUGUCCCUCGCCACAACUCUCAGAGGAUUGGACCAGUUUUGACCUCACAUAUUGAGUCCCUUGCUCGUACGCAGCAUGUUCGCGUCGAUAUACGGCAGACGGCAGACGAGCCAACAAGCCCAUUGGCACAAGCUGUUGAAAAUGCAUCGGACUGGAAUUCUCUGCUCAUGACUGCCCGUGCAGAACGGGGUCCCCAGUGGGACGUCGGCACCCAACUAUUUGCAGUUGAUGAGUACUCUGAACUCUACUAUGACCCGUCUCUUUUGCUCGAAUACCAGAAAGAAAGCCGGGAAGACGGGGACGAGCCGUCAUCAUCCAGCGAUAAUAAGCAAUCGUCCGAUCUACCCAGCUCUCCACAAAUUCGCCGUACUCCCAGUCAUGGCUCUCCACAUACUUCGCAAAUGCAAUCUCAGCACCCUGGCCAAUUUCACGGCGCGCCUCCACUCACCUCUCCCCGGCACCCGUAUGCAAACCACGGAAUGGGUUUCGCCAAUAUGGGUUCAGUUCCCCCCGCUCAGUUUUAUGGCGCUGGUGGCGGGCACGACGGCUUGUCCGUGUCCCCCAUGCGCAUGGGAAUGAACAUGGGUGGAGCCAACAUGGGCAUGAACCUACCUCCUGGGAUGGAUCCCCUUUCGCCGGACGUGCGGCGGCGUGUGACGAGGGGCAUGAGCGCCGACGAGUUUGGUGGCAUGCAUUAA